AUGGGUCCCAAACCAAGCUCUUCUGCAAAGGAACGUGGGACGGGGCCAUUGGACUAUGACGACGGCCCUAUCAUAUGGAUUGAUUGUGAGAUGACAGGGCUUGACCCCAACAAGGACAGACUUUUGGAAAUCGCUUUGAUCAUCACGAAUGGUGAUUUAUCACCCAUCGACCCGCAGGGGAUAUCGUUUAUUAUCAAGACGGACAAAGAGGUUUUGGAUAACAUGAAUGAAUGGUGUAUAAAGCAUCAUGGGGAGUCCGGCCUUACUGCCGCUUGCCUAGCGUCCAAACAUACCUUCGAUUAUGUUUCCCGUUCCGUUCUGCGAUACGUGAAAGACCGAAUUCCAAGAGAACGGGUUGCCGUGUUAGCUGGCAAUUCUGUUCACAUGGAUCGGGCUUUCCUGACAAAAUAUAUGCCCGGCUUAAUUAACCAUCUACAUUAUCGAAUAAUUGACGUGAGCACCAUCAAGGAACUAUGUCGCAGGUGGUAUCCAGAAGUGACCGAAGCCAAAAGAACGCAACCCAUGGAGAAGGAAAAUAAGCAUAGGGCACUUGAUGACAUUUUGGGAUCAAUUGAAGAGCUUCGUUUUUACCGUCAGCAUAUCUUCAAAGAUCCCAGCGACAUUGUAUCCUCGAACAUAUAG